CAACGGUUCCAGCGGCGACAGUUGCAGUGCAAAACGUUCGCAGCAUCCGUUUCGUGCGUGUGAAAGCAUCUCAAGCGCGGGAAAUUCGCACUUGAUUUCCACAUCCGCGUGGAAUUGUUCAGCGGAGCAAAGGAAUACGGCUCGAGUGCGUUGGUGCGCGGAAUAAUUCAUUCGUGCCGAGAAUUAUGUGGAAUUAUUUUUCGGGGUUUCGCUCCAUCGUCAGACGUUUUAUGGGCGGGAUUCUUUUGCGGAUGUAGUUUCCCAGUCCGUUGUUGUUACAGCCGGAGAAUUAGGCGAAGAAAAUUUCAUUGGAGCUGUUCCGGCGCCCACUUGCAACAAUAGCGCCGGCAGAGAGAAAAGCAGAUAAAGUUUCGCACAUUCUUGAAAGUUCGGGCUCUUGCAGGGAUGCUGUGGCGAAGUGAAGUGUGUACCCGCAGGGGAUAAUCGUUUGGUGAAUUGUUACGGUGCUUGACGAAGAAAACGGAUAAGUUUCAACAAGCGCUCUCCAACGUGCUUCUUGCUGCUACAUUGUGUGGUCCCGGCCGAAGCCUUUUGAAGAGGAUUGCGUGAGUGAAAAUGGGAAAAUUCAUUAACCACCGAAAAAAGGGGCGAAUUUGAAGUGUUUACUUGAAGUGUGUACUUUAGAAUUAAUUGCUGUUUAGUUGUUUACAGCGACAGCGAUAUUAAUAGAAGUGUUGAUGACAGCUAAAUUGUGGACAGUGUUCGACUGAAACACAGUGUCAAUCGGUGCAGAUGUUUACAAUCGUUUGUCAAUAGCUAAAUAAUGUUGAAUCGAUAGAUACAUAAAUCAAUUAAGAGGAAUAUGUGAUGUGGAUGUACAACUAAACCCAAAUUUGAGCAACGUGUGUAUCAUAUGAAUGUUUACUAAAAAUAAUAAUAAUAAUAAAAAUCAGUAAUUGGAUUGGAAGUUGCAUUGUGCCGAAAGAAACUACUUUCAAAUGUGCUAUUUAAAUAAAUUUGUGCAGUGGUAGCUUGCUAAGCUUAUAGCUCAAGAUCAUUGAUUGAUUGGUUCGCUUGGGAGUGGAUUGUAGCAAGUUAUUUUUUUUAGAGUGUGAGCAAAGCGCGUCGCGAAGCAGCCCCUAGCGAAUCCUUCCAGGGUGAACAAUGAAGAGCAAAUCAGUGCUUUGAAAGAAGAAGAAAAAAAUACUAAAACUAAACGGAAAAUGCUUCGGCUGCUUUCAUCUACGAUCGAAAAGUGCAAAUCCAAUUAAGCAAAACUAAAAAAUGCAGAGUGCAAUCAUCAGCGGUCUAUUCCUGCUAGCGAACUUCCAUCUCAACAAUCACAAAGCGAACGGUGUUAACAGCAGCGGCGACGCUGGCAGGGCGCAGCAGGAGACCCAAAGUGUCAUUAAAAAGUUCUCUCCGCAUCCGUAUUUUGACUUUGACGUGCCGCGGAACAUCACAACCCGCGUGGGUCAGACGGCAUUCAUAAAUUGCCGCGUCGAACGGAUUGGAGACAAAUGGGUUUCCUGGAUAAGAAAACGAGAUCUACACAUCCUGUCAGCGGGAAUGGUUGUUUAUACCUCUGACGAGCGUUUUCAAGUCGCACGAUCGGAGAAGUCCGAGGUAUGGACGAUGCAAAUUAAGUUUGCCCAACAGCGUGAUUCUGGCGCCUACGAGUGCCAAGUCAACACAGUGCCUAAGAUGUCAAUGACAUUCCAGUUAAAUGUAGUAGAAGCGAAAGCUCUUAUUGUCGGACCCACAGACAUAUAUGUAAAAAUCGGUAGUGCAGUGACACUAACCUGUGUCAUCACCCAAGGGCCACACGAUUUGGGUACAAUCUAUUGGUACCGAGGGACGAGCAUAAUCACACCAACGGAAACUCAUCCCAACGAGACGUCGAUCACAUAUCCUUCACGAAUAUCCGUAGAACUGAAGUGGACAGAAGCUUUAACUUCUAGACUGAAAAUCCUGGAUGCUAAGUUGUCGGAUUCGGGUAACUACACCUGUAUGCCUACAUCAGCGGAAGCCAGCAGCGUCAUAGUUCACGUGCUGAACGAGGAAAAUCCUGCGGCCAUGCAGCGAGGUGGCACCAUUGCCAGGUACAGCAUAACGGUGCUCCAGCUCCAUCUGGCGGUAUUGCUAGUGAUCCUGUUUUCGCGGUAUCGUGUUAGCUGGUACUCGUAGCAUCUGCUGUAAAGCCCCCCGGCUCAGUGUGUUUUGUCGGCUGAGGAUGGAUGUAUAAUUGUUUCUGCAGAAUAAAAAGAAAAUCUCGGCGCGACAGUACGAGUUGUUUAGCUUCUCGGUGACCGAACACACACCGCGGGCACCGUGGAAAGACCAGAGCUUCAUGGGGGCUAACAGGGGAGCGGAGUAAAUUUUAAAGCGGGAGUACAGCGAAUGCAUUUUCAUCGAAUAAGGGUAUUUUGCAACGCAUAAACUGCUGAAGUGAGAUUAGUGAAACGUAGUUAAUUCGAGUAGAAUAAGUUGAGACAGCGGUUCAUUCAUGGAAAUACCAGAUCAUGUGUAAAUAGUAGAACGAUAAGUUUGUUUUUUAAAAGCAUAAACGAAUGAACAGAUUCUUCGGAAGGAAGAGACCAAUACCUUACUUGCUGUGAAGUCGCUGAAUAAA